AUGUUGUCUCUCAAGGUUGCAUUCUUCGCCGCUUUGGCUGAAGCCUUGGUCCUACCUAAAGGCCUUUCGUCCAUCUCGUUGGAAGGAUGCCUUAAGAAAUUACCCCAUGGCCAGUCACCUGGUAGCGUUGCCAAUGUGACAAUUACAAGCGGCGGGCUGUUGAGGUACUAUCUCAUCUCGAUUCCACCAACGUACCAUAAUGAGGUCCCUACUCCGGCGAUCCUGUCUUACCACGGAGGCGAAAGAACCGCAGAAAGCCAACUGGAAUUAGACGAAUUAACUAGUCCCCAGUUCAAUGCGAAUUCUUUUGUCAUUUAUCCCCAGGGCAUUAAUGAUUUUUGGCAAGGCGUUCCGAAUGUUACCGUAAACGACAUCCAAUUCACCGCAGAUAUCCUCGACCAUGUUCAAGAGCAGUAUUGCAUUGAUCCUACCCGAAUCUUUGCCACCGGAAAGUCGGAUGGCGCCGGAUUCUGCAAUGUUCUGGCUUGCGACAAGACAAUGUCCAGCCGGAUUGCAGCAUUUGCCCCCGUAUCUGGUGCUUUUUAUGUCAAUACAUCGUCCUGUGCAGCCGACACCGUGCAGAUCCCAUGUAGCCCUAGCCGUCAUGACAUUCCAUUCCUCGAGUUUCACGGUGGCAACGACACUACAAUUCAUUACCAGGGCGGUCCGCGCAAGCAGGAAUGUCUUCCAUCAAUCCCGCAUUUCAUCCAACAAUGGGCCGCACGAGACGGGCUGAGCCUCCGCAAUGUUACCACACCAAUCUCGUCCAAUACUGUAUCCUACAAAUACGGAUCAGGGGUCAACUUUGGACUGGUUGAACAUGUUUACGACGCCGUAAUUGGGCAUGAUUGGCCAAGUACGGCGCCAAAUACCGAUAACCAGGUGUCUGGCCACCACAUUGCUAGCUUCAAUGCUACACCGAUCAUUUUGGAGUUCUUUAAGCAGCACCCUUUGAGCGUGUGGGAUCUCCUUGCAGAAAUUUAA